AUGCAGCUCGUCGGGUCCAAGUCGUCGCAGCGCCUGGACGAGAUCGGCGAGGGAAGCGUGACUCUCCUCCCCAUCGACCCAGAGGACAUGUGGCAUGCCAACAAUCUGAUCGGCCCCCAAGAUGUGAUCAAGGCCCACGCGAUCCGAAAGGUAACCACCGAGUCCAAGACCGGUAGCACCAUGUCCGAGCGGGUUCACACCGAAUUGACCAUACGCGUCACGUCGACCUUCUUCGACCCGGCCGCGUCGCAACUGCACGUCUCCGGCACCGUCAUCAAGGAGAACAACUUCGUCAGCCUCGGCCAAUAUCACACCCUCGACCUCGAGCUCAACCGCCCGUUUACCAUAUGGAAGCAGUACGGCUGGGACUCGGUGGCGAGGGAGACUCUCUCCGACGCGCUGAGGCAGGACAAAGACGGCGCCGUCGCUGCCGUCGUGAUGCAGGAGGGCCUCGCCAACAUCUGUCUCAUCACCGAGUACCGCACCGUCCUCAAGCAGAGGGUCGAGAGCACCAUUCCUAAGAAGCGGUCGGCCAGCUCGGACCAGGAUUCGGGCAUGAGGCGAUUCUUCGACAAGACCCUAUCCACGCUCGUCCGCAGCAUAGACUGCUCCGUGCCCCGGCCGCUGCUGCUGGCCAGCCCAGGGUUCGUCGCGGGGGACUUCAAGAAGUACGUAUCCGACGAGGGCACGCGGAGGGGCGACAAGGCCAUGAUGGCCAUGGCCAAGGGGGCGACGGUGGUGCACUCGAGCUCGGGGCACCUGCACAGCCUGAACGAGAUCCUCAAGAGCGCCGAGGUGACGGCGACGAUGAAGGACAUGAAGUUCUCCAAGGAGACGCGGUUCAUGGACGAGUUCUUCGAGAAGCUGCGGCGCGACGACGGCCGGGCGUGGUACGGCGUGGCGCCAGUCGAGCGCGCGGUGCGUGAGGGCGCCGUCGGCAGGGGAGGGGGCGUCUUGCUGGUCAACAACUCGCUGUUCCGGAGCAUGGACAUCGCGACGCGGAAGAAGUACGUCGCGAUGGUAGAUAAGGUUAAGGAGGACGGAGGCGAGGCGAGGAUACUGAGCAGCGAUCACGAGAGCGGCCAGCGGCUGGAGGCCCUGGGCGGCAUAGCCGCCGUCCUAACCUACCCCAUGCCGGAUCUAGACGAGGACGAGGACGAGGACGCGGCGGCGGAAGGGGGAGGCGAGGGUGGAGAGGACACGGUCAUAUGA